AUGAGAGAGAAGAUGAAAGAAAGAUAUAAGCUGCAGAAAGUUCAUGCGAAAACAAUUGAGGAAGUACGUGAAAGGUGUAGAAUAGAAGCGGACGAGAGGUUGUCGCACAACUUUAGGGAAAACUCCAAACUCUUCUGGAAAGAGGUUGGAGGGUCCCGGAGUGGUGCGACAGCCUUAAGAAUGAACAAAGUGCUUACGAGAACCAAUGACGUUCUCUCAGAAAAAUCGGACGUCAUGCAGCGAUGGAGUGAAUUUUAUAGAGAAAUGUAUGCGUGUCAUGAUCUUAGUGAAGGAUCCGGGGGUGACGCCGUGACUGGCACGCCAGACACGGACCUCGAUGACACUGAGGUCAUCAGCAUGAAAGAGAUUGAACGUGCGAUUCGAAGUUUGAAAUGUGGUAAGGCUGCGGGACUAGACAGAGUUACUGCUGAAAUGGUCAAGUACGGUGGGACUCGCGUCUGGGAUAGCUUCCAUCUGCUGUGCAAUUUGUGCUGGCGGACGGGAGAUGUCCCGGAUGAUUGGCGAUCCGCGGUCAUUGUGCCUUUAUAUAAAAGUAAAGGUUCACAUUUGGAGCUUGACCAGUUUAGCAUGUGA